AUGUUUUCCAGAGCAGUAGCCAACGUUGUCCGUGCUCGCGGUGCGACCGCCCUUAUGUCGCGGAGUGCCGCGUGCAGAAACUAUGCCACGUUAAAGGAGGUGGAGAUGCGGUUGAAGUCGAUUAAGAACAUCGAGAAGAUUACCAAGACUAUGAAGAUUGUUGCGUCGACAAGGCUGAGCAAAGCAGAGAAGGCGAAGGCCAAUGCCAUCAAAAUUGACGAAGCUAACGAAAAGUUCUUUAAGAACGCGGAAACAGAAAAGGCAGUAGUGGAACAAGAAGGUGGCGAGGCUAACAAGGAGUUGCUAAUUGCCAUUACUUCCGAUAAGGGUCUGUGCGGUGCCAUCCACUCCUCGUUGGCGAGAAGGGUCAGAUACCACCUCAUUGAUUCUCCCAACUGCGAUAUUAUCUCGAUUGGGGACAAAAUGAAAUUGCAAUUGAUGAGAUCGCACCCAGACAACUUGAAGUUGGCCAUCAACGGUGUGGGGAAAGAUGCGCCUUCGUUUUUGGAGUCUGCGUUGAUCUCGGAAAGAAUCGCCAAAGAGUUCGACUUGGAAAGUUACGGGAAGAUUACAAUCUACUAUAACGACCCAAUUUCCUCGAUUUCGUUCGAACCAAGCGUGAAACCAUUGUACAGUGCGAAGACGAUUGUGAACUCCCCAUUUUACAACAAGUUUGAGAUCGAUCUCGACGAGGACGUGCCCAGCGAUCUUUUCGAAUACAACCUGGCUAACCAGAUUUUGACCGCCAUGGCUAAGGGUUACGCCGCUGAGAUUUCUGCUAGAAGAAACGCCAUGGACAACGCCUCCAAGAAUGCCGGGGAUAUGAUCACCAAGUACUCCAUCUUGUACAACAGAACCAGACAAGCUGUGAUCACGAACGAGUUGGUUGAUAUUAUUACUGGUGCCUCCACCUUAGGUUAA